CGCACCAGUGAACCAAGCAGCUGCUCCCCGUCUGCACGCCACGGUACACACGUGCAGGGCUCCCGCCAAUCGCCGCCGAUUCACGUCGACGAUCAACGCGUCUGUAAGGGUACAACCAUGACCGCUUUGUCAGCUACGUCCUUCGCCUUGGUGCUGCUCUUGGGAGCGUUUUUGCGGGAGUCAAGCGCCGACGAAGGCUUCUUCAGGAAUCGCGGUCCGAUGCCGGACUCGCUGCAGACGCUGCUGCACGGCGAAGGAGAGACGCAGGUGCUGGGUAAAGUCGGCUCGUUCAAGCCGGGUGCAGGCAGCGCCACCGCCGUCAACAGUGAAGUGGAACUUCCGGCAAUGGCCGCGCUUCCGCAACACGACUGCCACAUUGAAGUGCAAGUGACGGAGCGUGUCCGCGGUCACUGCUCCGCGCUGACACUGUUGGGCAAGAGCUUCCCUGUGUGCAAGAACGGAGACCGGAUCUCGGUCAACAACCACGAGUGCGCGCACAUGGCCGCCUGACCACAGCGGCGCCACUGAC